AUGGUCAACUACAAGCUGACUUACUUUGAUGGACGUGGCGUUGCCGAGACUGCACGUCAGCAUGAUCAGAAGUCGGUUUUAGCUUGUAAUGGUACUGAGAAGCCAAUUUCGAGAGUUACCCACACUAAAGGAGUGGAGAAGCGUCAGAUUUUCGCACUUGCCGACCAGAAGUUCGAAGAUAACCGUUUGACCAGGGAAGCGUUCGCUGAAGUCAAACCAACCCUCCCAUUUGGUCAGGUCCCUGUGCUCGAAGUUGAUGGCAAGCAGCUGGCACAAUCGUUGGCUAUCAACCGCUACUUGGCCAAGAAAUUCGGUGAGAACCAUCAAGAGAUCUUUGAAUUCUUCGGUGCUUUCUAA